AUGCGGGGGGGGGGGGUGGCGAGGGAUGGCCACGGCACUUCCUGUCUGUCUGUGUGGAGGCUCGGUGGCAGCGGUGAGCGGAAUAUGUUGUUUCAGCAGUUGGUGACUUUUGAGGAUGUGGCUGUGUACCUCUCAAAGGAAGAGUGGGGGCAACUGGACCUUGCUCAGAAGGAGCUCUACAGAGAUGUGAUGCUGGAGAAUUAUGAGAACCUUCUCUCACUGGGAUUUCCGGUUUCCAAACCUCAUAUUAUCUCCCAACUGGAACAAAGAAAAGAGGCAUGGAUCCAAGAUACUCAGGGCCCUGAGGAAAGGGAGUUCUCUCACAAGGCUUAUAGAGGUUAUAAGAACAUAUCUGAAAGUGAAAAUUUCACUCUAAGGCAAAUUCCUCAAGAAGCUGAAUUAUUUGGAAAAGAAUCAGAAAAACACCCAAAAUAUGUUACCCAGGUCCCAGACUUAAGAAGAACCUGUAGCCAGGAAAGUAGCUUAGAGAACCAGAUAAGAAACCACAGAGAGAAGAGACAGAAUAAAGUAGUUUCUCAGCAGAGGGUCCCCCAGCAAGUUUCCCCAAAGAAAACUGUUGGAAGAGAGAGAGGUUGUGAAUAUAAUGAUUUUGGUAAAAACCGCAUUGUGAGUUCUAAUGUGGUCACUCAUCAGAGAGUUGAAAGAGACCAUACGUGUACUGUAUGUGGUCAGAGUUUUUCCCAUCCUUUAACCUUAAUUCAACAUAGGAGAAUUCAUGGUGGAGAGAAGCACCAUCAAUGUAAUGAUUAUAGGAAGGAUGUCAGUCACAAAUCGCAAUUCACAAGACAGUUGAUAAUUCACACUGAUGAGAAGCCCUAUGAAUGCACAGAAUGUGGGAAGUCCUUCAGUCGUAGUGCACAUCUUACUUUACAUCAGAGAAUUCAUACUGGGGAGAAACCCUACAAGUGUAACAAAUGUGAGAAAGCUUUUGGCACAAAUUCUGAUCUCAUUCGACAUGAGAGGAUUCAUACUGGAGAAAAACCAUAUAAGUGCAGUGAUUGUGGAAAAGCUUUUAGUCAGUCUUCAGUGUUUAUUCGACAUCAGAGAAUUCAUACUGGAGUAAGUGCCUAUAAGUGUGAUGACUGUGGGAGAGCCUUAAGCAGUAAGUUAAGCCUUAUUGAACAUUGUAGAAUUCACACUGGUGAAAAACCUUUUCAGUGUGAUGAAUGUGGAAAAGCCUUCACUCACUUCACAAGUUUAAUUUACCAUCAGAGAAUUCAUACUGGAGAAAAACCAUAUGAGUGUAAUGAAUGUAGAAAAGCCUUCAGUCGACAUUCAGUCCUUAUUCGACAUCAAAGAGCUCACACUGGAGAGAAACCGUUCAAGUGUAAUGAAUGUGGGAGUGCCUUCAGUAGGAGGUCAGUCCUUAAUGAACAUAAAAGAAUUCAUAGUGGGGAAAAACCAUAUGAAUGUAAUGAAUGUGGAAAAUCUUUCAGUCGGAGCUCCACCCUUAUCCAACAUCAGACAGUUCAUAAUUCAGACAAACCUUAUAAAUGCAAUGAAUGUGGGAAAGGCUUUGGGUGCCGCUCACAUCUUACUGUACAUCAGAGAAUUCAUAUUGGGGCUAAGCCUUACCAAUGUAAUGUGUGUGGGAAAGCCUUUAGUCGAAGCUCCAUCCUUAAUCAACAUCAGAGAAUUCAUACUGGAGAGAAGUUGUAUAAAUGUAAUGAGUGUGGGAAAGCCUUUAGUCGGAGCUCCAUCCUUAACCAACAUCAGAGAAUUCAUACUGGAGAAAAGCGGUAUAAAUGUAGUGAAUGUGAAAAAGCCUUCAAUCGGAGAUUUAGCCUUAUCCUACACCAGAGAAUUCAUUCUGGAGAGAAGCAGUGUAAAUGUGAUAAGUGUGGAAAAGCCUUCAGUCGGAGAACCAAUCUUAUCCGGCAUCAACAGAUUCAUACAGAAGAUAAGUCUUAUGAAUAGAAUAUCAAAAUGAAUUCCUUUGCUGCCUGAAGAUUCAACAAAGAGAAAUCAUACCCGGCUCAGUUUGUAAACAUAAUUGGUAUUGGAGAAGGAUUAUCUCUGGAUCAGAGUCCAUUAUUAAUAUAGUAAAUUGUAAGAUCUUUUGAGAACAAUAGCUAAGUUUUUCUUCAGUUUAUGUAGCAUCCAGCCUUAGGUGACCUGUAAAAUAUUCAUUUUGUUUGAAUGAUGCAAGUAAUGCUUGUACAGAAACCUUCCAUGAUAGCUGCUUCCUUUAUCUUCCUAUGAAAAUUCUAGUCUGAAAAUCUCUAGGAUGACAAUUAAAGGGAAUGUUUUAUCUCUGCCUGAAAGUAGUACAACUGGAAUAGAAUAAUCUAACUUCUGUUCCUAUAAGCAUUAUCCUGAGAGAUCUUUUAUCUUCCAUAAAUCAAAAGGAUGGUGCUGUGGUCCUUGUUAAAUUAAUGAAGGAAUGUGGAAAGAGUACCCAUAAGCAAAGAGUGACACCUGGAAUUUUGUGUGUUGGUAGAUAAUAUACACAAAUUCCCCUAGGUAAUAAGUAGAAUUAGAUAUUAGCAAUCUUGAUUCCCAGGCAGGUGAUCUUUUAAGUAUAUUCCUCUGCCUUUCCCAAUAGUGGAUCUGUACAGUAUUAAGCAAAUAAGUAAGAAGUACAUCUGGAAAAAUCUAGGAGAGCAAAGCACUCCCCUAUUUAUUGAAUUUGUUGUUAUUGUCAUUACCGUCAUGUCCAACUCCCCAUUUGGGGUUUUCUUUGUAAAGAUACUGAAGUGGUUUGCAUUUCCUUCUCCAGCUCAUUUUA